UUCCUCGCACUUUCUUUUCUCCUCGCUCAGUGCUCAGGUCUAAACUCGAGAGAGAUGAUUUCUUUUCAGUUGCCAAUAAAAUUUAGGGCUCUAGGUUUUUAUUCAUGAAUUUGGAAUGCGAUUAAAUCGAGGAUAUUUUGGCGAGUUUUUUUUUUUUUACAAUUUUCAAUUCAGCUUGAGCUUUUUCUAUGAGGUUAUGAGAUAGAAGAUUUGAUGGCCUUGUUGAUCUAGGUCAGAAUUGAAUAAUCCUCUUGAAAUCAGGGUGACAAAAGUUACUGGGUGCUGGUGUUGAUUCAUGGAGAUGAAUGAAUGAAUUGCAGUUUGGAUGUCGAGGGUAAAAAGUUUUUUAGGGUUAUAAUUUUUUGUUAGGAUUUGGUGUUCACCUCGAGUGUUUUGGUGGGCCUACUCAAUUUUCGAGCUUUACAUGGAUGACACCGAAGAUGAUGCAAGGUACCCACCAAAUCCUUAUGGGGGAAACCACCAUCAGGGCUAUGGUUCUUCCCAUCGCCAAAAGCUCCCUGUUCAGAGUGGUCCAUAUUCUAGACCAGUUGGUGAUCAGUAUGUUGAUGAGGACGAUGAAGAGGAAGAUGAAGAUGACGAACUAGGAGAGGAAGAAGAUGACAACGACAAUGGUCAAAAUAAUGGGUAUCCACCAGUGGACAAAAAUGUUGGUGACGAUGAAGACAAUGACGAUGAUGAUGUCGAGGAGGAGCAUGAGGAUGAGGAGGACGACGAGAAUGAUGAGGCUGAGGAUGAAGAUCAUGAUAAACGACAAGGUUAUGGUAGAAAGAAUGACGAUGAAGAUUUGCAGAGACACCCCAAAAAGCGAAAGUUGAUAAGUUUAGUUUCGAGUUAUGAGUUUGCUCCUCGUGUGCCAUCAGCACCACCAUCAGCUGCAACGGCCUCUACGGCAAGAGUAUCAUUUGGUGGUCGGAGUUCACUCACAGAUUGGACAGAGAGGGAAACGUUUGUUCUGUUAGAUGCUUGGGGCGAACGCUUUCUUCAACGUGGAAAGAAGAGCCUUCGGUCUGAGGAAUGGCAAGAGGUUGCAGAGAAAGUAUCUGAGGUGUCAAAGAUUGAUAGGACAGAUACCCAAUGUCGCAAUCGUCUUGAUACCUUGAAGAAGAAGUACAAAAAAGAGAAGGCUAACUCAAGUAUGGGUGGAACUAGCAAAUGGAGUUAUUUCAAAAAGAUGGAUCUUUUAUUAUCGACUGCUAAUCAGCAGCCUGGACUUUCUUGUGGGAUGGAUUCGGGAGAGUAUGUUUUCAUGAAUCCCAGGGUGUAUUUGAACUGUGCUAAUGGGUUAGAUGAAAUGAGGGAUAGUCCCGGGAACUCAGAAUCCGAAGGAAGUGAUGACUCAGAUGGGCUUCCGCCAAAAAAGAGAAGAUCUGGAAGGGACAACGACUGCGAUGAAGGGUCUUCAUUUGGAUUGCUUGCUAAUACUAUCCAUAAAUUUGGGGAGAUAUAUGAGAAGAUAGAAGACAGUAAAAGACAGCAGAUGGCCGAGCUAGAGAAGAUGAGAAUGGAUUUCCAAAGAGAUUUGGAGGUGCAGAGAAGGCAGAUCAUUGAGAGAGCACAGGCUGAGAUUGAGAAGAUACAGCAAGGUGGUGAUGAUGAUGAUGAUGAGGAGAUUGACGACUCUGCUGAGAAUGCCAGUGGGUGAUGUAUCAUUUUAUAGUUUCAGUUAGCAUGUUACUUAAUAUUUGAGAGCCUUUUGGCCCCCCAUUUUAUUUUCUGAGGCAAUAAAUAUUGUUAAUGCUAUGAAGAUUGUUAAUGUUGUGUCUAGUAUGGUACAAUAACUAUUUCAUGGUUCA